AUGAACCAGUGCCUUUUUAGUGGUGUCAUGCUGUUGUGCCUUGCACUCAUCUCGUCGGCCCUGAUAGCGAGCGUCCAGGUUUUCGCAGAAGAAUGCAGCGUGACGUUUAUUCCUCAGGUUCUGACUAUAGAACUGGACGGCGAAGCAGAGUUUGGAAUCAAACCUUGUCGGGCAUCUCUCCGUGAAAGGCGCGUGCAACUGGUGUUCGAGAACGAGAAGGUUGUCAAGCUGCUGAACUCCACUUCAUUGUUUAUCGCCCCCAACUCUACCGAAGACAUCCUGCUAAAAAGCAUAUUGUGGGGCGCUGUUCUAGGCCACGGUGCCAGACACGAACGCCUGCUUCUGAAGGUAAUGUCUGCGCCUAUUGCUGACGUCGAUCAGAACGAUGAAAAGCGUACCACCGAUGAUGUGUGCCCCGAAGCGGUGAAAGGCGGAAUAAUUUGUGUUUCGUGGUUUAGGACCAGAAACCCAUUUAUUCUCAUCACCGUCGUUCAUUCUCGAAGCCUUGAAAUCGUCAUCCAGGCUUGUGGCUGGAUUUACUUUAUAGCAUGGUCCGUAUCAUUUUAUCCGCAAAUAUUCUUGAAUUGGUACCGCAGAAGUGUCGUUGGGCUGAAUUUCGAUUUUCUUGCAUUCAAUUUCACCGGAUUUUUGUUUUACGCCAUUUUUAACUGUGCUUUCUAUUUUAUCCCCACUGUGCAGACACAGUAUUUCGCCGCUUUGCCGCAUGGGGUCAACCCGGUGCAGAUAAACGACGUGGUAUUCGCUUUACACGCUUUACUGGCCACGUCGGUCACAAUCAUACAAUGUUUCUUCUAUGAGUGUAGUCCUGAAGAAGUUGAAGUAUGGCGAUUGAGUGAUCGAGUGGCGAAGUCAUUUUAUGACGACAGAAAGAACGCUUGUUCUGCCUCAUUUGAUUUUGACCUGAAGCUGCAGAGUUACCUUCCUUGCGCUGUACGUCAGCGUGGCGGCCAACGUUUGUCCAUCACGUGUUUGGUUCUUCUGUCCAUCGGAUGGUUGUUCGCUCUGAUUUCCAUGGCCACUGCAUUUGCCCAUGUUCUUAGCUGGCUUUUAUUCGUCUUGUUUCUGUCUUACGUGAAGCUCAUAAUCACGUUAAUCAAGUACAUUCCUCAGGCUUAUUCGAACUACCGACGAAAAAGUACGAUUGGCUGGAGUAUUGGCAACGUGUUGCUGGAUUUCACUGGUGGCAUGAUGAGCGUUCUUCAGAUGUUGAUUCUGGCGUACAAUCAUGAUGACUGGCAACAAAUAUUUGGUGACUUUACCAAAUUCGGCCUUGGUUUCAUAUCGCUGUUGUUCGAUAUUCUGUUCAUACUGCAGCAUUAUGUUUUUUAUCGGUUUUCAAACUACGAGCCUACGACUGCAUCAUUCGGCAGUUCAAUCGAGCAGUUAGUAAAAUAA